CAGCCCGGCCGGAGCCGUUUGCUGCGGCGCGUCCCUCCUGCCCGGGCGGUCCCGCAGCCAGGGCCCCUCUGGGCCAAACACCAGUCCCGGCCCUGUGCCGCACUGCCCCGCCAGGCUCCCACCGCCCCGGGGGUCGCCUGCGCGGCUCGGGCGCCAGGGCCUCUGUCUAAUUAGGCACCGGUGCGCGCCCCCGCCCUUCCUCCGCCGCUUAAAGCGCGGCCGGCCCGCUGCUGACCACAUCCUCACGCAGAGGGCAGCGGUUGUAGCAGCAGCGCCUUCCCGGUGGGGGGUUUUUGGCCUGUUUUUUUUUCCGUCCGAAGUGAAUUUGGAGUAGCUUUGCUUUGCAUUUGAGCCCCGUCGUUGCUGGAGUAGCCAGCUCUCCCGUAAAGCUGCUCCGGCCCACUUGAGGCUUCCUCAGGUGGUGCAGCCCGCGGGGUGCGGAUCUGAGCCGAGCCAGGGGAGCCCGGCGGAGUGAGCGCGGCGGGGGCACCAUGCCUGCCACCUUCUCCGGCCGCUGCCUGCUGCGCCUGCUGCUGCUGCUGCUCUGCACCAGCCUCUCGGGCGGGAGCCUUGCAGAUCCACCUAUGACAACACAAGACUCCAAUCAGACUUGGGUGAAUUCUGUGACAAAGAUGCAAGCUGGACAUGAAUCAUCUGGUGCUGCCACACAAGAGCUCAAGCCUGGAAGCAAGCACAGCACUGAUAUCACAGAGUAUGAGAUAGUCCUGCCUGGUGUGUCUGAAAAAAAUAUCUCUUUGGCCAGUCCAGCUACAGUUGAACUUACAUGCAGAUUAGAUGAGAAUUCGAAUUUGAAAGAUCCUCAAGUGACUUGGAAAAGGGGAAGUGAAACAAUCAGUCACACCAGUAAAACUCCAAACAGCUGGACCAUCCAACUGACCAUCUCAGGGAGCAGUGAGCUAGGAAGUUACACUUGUAUUCUGAAGGCUGAAAAAGAAGUCAGUGCCACGUUUCAUUUGCACGUACCAACCAUUGAAGGAAGAGAAAAACCCAUAAUCACUUAUAUAGGUGAUACAGCUGUAAUGGUUUGUAAAGCUGAGUAUGAUGCCAAGGCUUGGAUGUGGUAUAUGACCAAUGGAACUGAGCUGGUUCCCAUUGAUAAGGUUUUGCCUCUGGACAAGUUUGAAAUGAAGAUGCUAUCUGCCAGUGAAAACCGUUUGGAGAUACACAAGCUCACCAUGGAAGAUAGUGGUGAAUAUUGGUGUGAAGCCGCUUUUGAAUUAGCGGGCAGUAAAGCGAGGUUUGAACUUAGGGUUCUGUCCAUUGCAGAACCUCUCAAACCCUUUAUAGCAGCUGUGGCUGAAGUCGCUAUUCUUGUAACUACUAUUGCCCUCUAUGAGAUGUAUUCGAAAAAGAAGGCAAAAGGAGGUGGAAAAGAGUUUGACCAAAUUGAGCAACUUAAAUCAGAAGACAACGUAACCACGGGAGGCAAGUAGUUCUGUGCAGAGAAGGAAGGUUCCUUUCAAGGAGAUUUAAGCCAAUAGAAGUGAAAAUUGCCACAAAGCUUCAGAAGAUGUAUACAGCUACUUAAACAUUCACUGUGUUUUGAAGUAAAGUUCUCUACAUUUGAGAAAUAAGAUGCUUUUAAAAUAGCUCUGAAAGUAGUCAUUUUAUACCGAUGAUAAUAUAUUGUAUUCAGAAGUUUAUCUGUAACAUUUUACUGCUAGCAGAGUUUUUUAUGUGAUUAGGCUUGCUCUUGGUGUAUGAUUAUCUGUUUGA